AUGCGACUCUCGCUCGGUAUUCUGUUGAUUACUGGGGCUGCCAGGCUGACUGUUGCAUCUCCUUUCACCGAUGCUUUGGCCGCUGCCCCCGCCUGUGCUGUUCGUCAAUCCGUCACAUGUGCCAUCACUGCCCUCCCGCAGUCUCCUUGCACGAUCGAAAACACGACAUGCCUGUGCACUAACCCAACAUUCAAUGGUCUUAUAGGCGACUGCGUCCAGAAGGGCUGCACAAUCAAGGAAGCUCUCACUGUUCAAAACCUGACAUGGUCAGCAUGCGGGUUCCCUUCAACGGACAAGAGGCAUAGCGCAAGAUACACGAUAGGAUGCCUGAUAAUAUUACCCAUUAUUUUCAUGGCUAUUCGCCUGGCUAGUUGGGCCUUCCGUUUGACGCCAUGGGGCGCUGAAGAUACAACUGUCAGCCUGGCAUUCGUAUGUUGCACUACUCGAAACAUCGUUUGGCCUCCCGAUUUCUCAUUCAAUCAGAUCCUAUUCGUACCCUUUCCCACAUUGGUCCUCAUUAGUAAGUUUCUCAGUGGACAAUCUUCAUUGAAACUCCGGCUUACCUUUGCAUUAGUGCUCUCCUACGGCCUCGGACGAGAUAUAUGGGUUCUGCAACCCGAUGAGGUGACUAUGUUUCUGAAGAACCUGAGAAUUAAUACUCGGUACGAGCAGCUUGUUUUCAUCAUACAAUUCUUUUACAUAGUCGACCUCGCAUUGAUCAAAGCAUCGAUACUCUAUCUUUAUCUCCGAGUCUUUCACAUGAGCUCAAUUCGAACCGUCCUCUGGGGAACUCAAGUGUUCAACUUUAUUUUAUGCACUUUGUUUGUGUUACUCAGUAUAUUCCAGUGCCAACCCAUACAACACUACUGGAACGGCUGGGAUGGUGAGCAUGCGGGUAAAUGCCUCAGCCUACAGGAUAUUGUACUCGCACACGUCGCCAUCAAUGUCGGCUUGGACGUGUGGAUGCUCAUUCUUCCACUCACUCAGAUAUACAAACUUAACAUGCCGCUGAGGAGGAAGAUUAGCGUGAUGGCCAUGUUCAGUGUUGGGAUUUUAUAA